GGGCCGAGUCGUCAGCCGCGGACGGUUCACGCUCCCACACAGUUCAUCCGAACUUUUACGGUUGAUUCUAUUAAAGGAAAAAAAAACAAAACAAAAAACAAUUUCUCGUCAAAAAUUCAAAGUGUUUUUCUUUCUGUGUGAUUUGCGACUAUAACAAGAUUCUGUUUUCCGCCAAAUCUUUCGUGACCAUCUUUGAAAAAAAAAAAAAAGAGACAAAAGACAGACAACCUUGGAAACUCCUUAUUUUCACAAAUAAAAGAGCCGGGCAAGAUUUAGUUUGGCCCGGGCCAUUUAGAAAGAAAAAGAAAAAAAAAAAGGUGGACGAGUUUGCUGUUGGAAUUUUCUCUUAAAUAAUUGACCAAGGAUGACUUGAAGUUUUCCAUGUGCAGCUGAUUUCUACUUCUUUUGUGCGUUUCUCUACUAAACAAGAAGAAAAACACCAAACAAAAAAAAAUGACCAAAAAGCUGCUUCGUCAGCGUGCAGUGCAUGGUCGUUUUUUGGCCGCUUGGAGGUGAACAAGGCAUCUUUAACGCGGAGAAAAUCAGAAAGAUAGAAAGCCAACAAGAACAAGAGUAAUAACCAAAAAAAAAAAAAAGUGAGCGGGACAAGAGGAAAACAACAAGACAAAACGCGGUGACUCUUUCGCACUUUGGGGGGGAGGGUUGUGUGUCACACAGGUGUGCGUGAGCGGCGGUUGUUUUUAAAAAGACGGCGUUUUUGUUUUGUUUUCGCAACUGUUUAUACAUAACCACAGGAGAAGAAGAACAAGAACCAGUCGCCCACACAGCGUUUGCUUCACGGAAGCAACAAACAACAACAAACCACAACAAUUGCAACUGAUUGCCAACCCGCAAACAUGAAAAGGUACGGCGCCAUGCUGGCCGUCUUCAUCCUGCUGGCAGGGCUUGUCUGUUGCCGGGCGCAGCAACAACAAUCCUGUACAGUAGACGGUGUGACCUAUGAAGACGGAUCUUCCUGGCCGUCGCUGGACGGCUGCCAACAAUGUCGCUGCAGUUCGGGACUGACGUUUUGCGUGCGCGUUUCUUUCUGUCGCGAACUCGGCCAAUGCGGCGUCAUUGUGACACUUCCCGGGGCAUGUUGUCCGGUCUGCUUUGGCUGCGUAAGUCCGUCCGGUAGGAAGAUGUCACUCAACGAAACUUGGAUGGAAGACGAUUGUACAACUUGCAUUUGUCGCGACGGCCAAUCCAAGUGCCAAGCUUCAUUCUGCCGGACGCCAUGUCUCCAGCCGCGUAAAGUUCCAGGAGAAUGCUGCCCAGUCUGCGACGAUGACUGCCACCUGCAGUGCCUCUACGGGCGGGCAGUGGACCCCAACGGCCGAGAGUUGUGCGAAUGUCGCAAGGUGCCCGACGAAGAUUUCCGUGAUUUGCAGGUGACCAUUCAAACGAAGGUGAUAGACCAGGAUGGGGAUGGGGAAGGAGUGGACGGGCAGGAAACCGAUGGAGACUUCGUCAUGGCCGGAGCCAACGAGGCCAUCAAUUGCCCCAAGGUAGCGUGCAAACGGAUGUGCGCGCACGGUUUCCAGACCGACGAGCGUGGAUGCCCAGUAUGCAAGUGUCAACGCUGUAAAUCCAUCCAACCGUGUCACAAAAAGUGCGCACUGGGUCUUGUUCACGACGGACGAGGAUGUCCCACUUGUCACUGUCGUCCGGGCGGCAGUACCUUGCCCUCGCAGAUUGGCAGCGGUGCGGCAACGCGCCUACCGUCCAUGACGUCAUCGUUUUCUGUCAGCAGCAGCACUAACGGCAAGUGUUUAGCUGGCGGAGGCAAUCUUACCUACAAUUACGGUGAUCGUUGGCAAAUGGAUGACUGCACCCACUGCGUCUGUCACCCUGGAGGACCCACAUGCACAGAGAUGGCAUGUCCGCUCCCUUGCCACAAUGCCAUCUUCGUUCCGGGCCAAUGCUGUCCAGUAUGCGAUGACAGCUCACGCACUUCGGCCACGCCAACUGGUGGCUCGUCCAACCAACAACGCAAUGAGACUCGAGAUGGAAUGGCGGAUGGCACGGCGCUGCUGACAGUAGUGUUAGUAUGCGUGGCACUGGUAGCCGGACUUAUCCUAAUCGUGGCAAUUCUAGCUGUCUGCGUGGCCCGCCAGUGCCAACGUCUCCAACAACACGAGGAAAGCAUGGCAGCAGCAGCCGUCAAGCUAACGGCCGUCAAUCAAUUGAGACCCAAAUCCACCAAUCUUGACUAUCAGUACAAUUUGUAUUUGCAUCGUUAUAGGGAAACUGUGCCGAACGGCUGGCCCUUUGAUGGAUCGGAGAGAUCGACCGACUCACAAGACAAGGAUGAAGGCGGAAGCAGUCAGUGCAGCAACAGCCCUUUACUGAUGGUCAAAUCCGCCUAGAGUUCCAGCCAUUUUCAACAAGCUGACUGCGAUCAGCCCCACUUUUCGAAGGCUUGCCUGUGGAUGCGCACUUUCUGUACAUAGCUUCAACCAACAUCCAUUUUAUUUAAUGAUAAUUUGAUAGACAGGUUUUAAGAAAGAGAGAGUAGUCACCUUAGCAUAGAUUUACCAUGACGAUUGUUUAGUGUUUAACUGUUUCACGCUCGUGUUCACUAUGUCGGAGGCAUCGACAUUUCGGAAGAAAUUCACCAAUUUCAAAUUAAAUGAUUAUUGAAUAUAGUUUUCUCUACCUGUAAACAUCUCUGUAAUCUCGUUGUAACAUUAUCAAAUUAUUAUGAUACACUGGGACGAUUACCGAGGUACGGCGAGACAUCACA